AUGGGUAGAAGAAAAAUUGAAAUUGAACCUAUUACAGACGAAAGAAAUAGAACUGUCACUUUCAUUAAAAGAAAAGCAGGUUUAUUCAAAAAGGCACAUGAAUUGGCCGUAUUGUGUCAGGUUGAUGUGGCUUUAAUUAUAUUAGGCCAUAAUAAUACUUUCUAUGAAUUUUCUUCAGUCGAUACAAAUGAUUUAUUAGAUCAUUAUCAAAAUGAUAAAUCCAUGUUACACGAUAUUAGAGAUCCAAGUUUUUAUGGAAAAAAUUUUGCUAAAAAGAAAUGUAUUCAUAAUCAUGAUCAUGAUCAUAUUACUACUACUACCGCCACCAUUAACAACAGCACAAAAACAACAGCAAGUGCUGAUUCUAAUCCAAAAAGUAUGACCAACCACAAAUCCAAGAGAUCCUUAAGUUUAUUAACAAAUUCCCAUUCUAAUCCUAACCACUUAAAUAAAAAAUUUAGAGUUGAAUUAAAUAAUACUUCUCACCCUAUCAUGACUAAUAAUAGUUCUAACACUGUAGGCACCAAAAAUUCUCUAUCAAAUGUUAUUGACUCAAAUUCUUCAUCCACUUCAAAAGAUGCAAAAUUAUUGUCUUUGCUAAAUUCAGAUUCCAAUUCCAAUUCCAAUCCAUCUUCUCUGUCUUCUUCCAAUUCACAUAAAAAAUCAUCUUCUCGUCCAAUUUUAAGAGUGCAAAUACCACAUAGCAACAUGACAAUAAACAAUACCUCAAAUAAUAACACAACAAGUUCAGCUGAUUCCAUCAAAAAUGAAUUCUCCGAUAUUAAUCCAAAUGUCUAUGGUAACACGUCUCCACAAAAUUAUAGAAUGUUGUCUUCAGACAUAACAACUAUAAAUAAUCAACACAUUAACCUUUCGAAACAAUCAAGUAUUUUAAAUAAAAAUUCUGAUCCAUCAAAUUUACUGAAGCAUAACCAAACCAACUCAACUAACACUACUGAUAAUGCUUUAAAAAUGCCGAAUAGUAGCACUACUUUCUCCUCUACUAAUGGCCUUCUACCGCUCUCCGCUAUGUCUCCGUAUAUUGCCACACUUUUACAAAAUUCUAACUUUCAUCCCCCAUUGAUCAGAACAAACACUAAUAAUAUAAUAACUACUACCACUGCUUCCACCAAAACAGCUACUCCAACAGAUACUCAGAAUGGGAUUAAUAAAUUUGGUUUAAAAUUGAAUAUAAAUAAAAUAAAUUCUUCUCAAAAAUAUCCUCAACAAAACAUACCAAAUAAACCAUUAUCUUCUAUAUACUCCCUUGCAUCCACUUCCAAUUCUUCUCCUCACAAUGGAAAUGCUUCUAAUAUCAACAGUAAUAAUAACAAUAACAAUAACAACAAUAACACCAGUAAUACUUCUUUAUUAUCAGGUCCAUUAUCUUCUAAAUAUAUCAACGAUCUGAUGAUUCCAUCACCCACUGUUUUCUCGAAUUGGAAUGUAAACUUAGGUAUACAGAGCGCAGGAGCUAAAUUGACAGUACCUCCUAAUCCUAUUCGUCUUGCUAAUAAUACUAGUAUUGCAAGCACACCAAUAUCUAAUUCUAAUAUAGGUACUACUAUUGGCGCUACUAACUCCACUAUCAUAAAUAACAAUAGUAACAAUAAUAGAAGUAAUAAUAUGAAUGAUGUAUCAUCCUCAUCCUCAUCCUCGCUAGUAUUAGUGGCACAAGGAUAUGAUUUAAAUAAUGGUAAUACAGGGCUUACUCCAUACAUAGGAAUUGGACAGACCCCGUUGACUAAUAGAUUCUUCAAUUUUUCAACAAGUGACAUAAAUUCACCAGAUACACAGGUUAGAAAGAAUGAGACAUUAACUACUGCAACCACACCAACCACUAAUACUACUACUAGUGUUACCACUACCACAAAUAUUCCUAAUAAUGUAAAUAAUAUAAAAACAGAGAGUAUAGAUACUCCUACACUAGAUAAAGAUAAUAAAAAUUGA